AUAAAUCUUUUGUCUAAUUUUAGUAUGUCAGAAUAUUGUUAUUUAGUAUAAUAUGGCAGAGUACAAGCAAGUGAAAAUCGGAAAACUUAAACUAAAAGGUUUUUCUAAUAAAAAGAAAAAAAAUUCAAAAAGAAAAUGUCAGGAUGGUAGUGAAAGCAGUGUGUCAUCAGAAAUUGUUCCAAACGAUGAUGCUCAUCUUCAUGGUGGAUGGUGGCCAAUAACAAGUUUUGAUAAAUUGACAGGUGGAAAUGUUGCUAUACAGUGCUAUACGAGUGCUAAUUUAUUUGCUGUUGACAAUGGUACAUUAAGAUUGGGAUCACUUCAUGGUGGUUCUGAUGAUGGUCCUGUACAAGAAGAGAUUUUUACAAUGAUUCGUUUAUCAGAUAAUAAAGUGGGAUUUAAAUCUGGGUACGGUAAGUAUAUCUCUGUCAAUGCACGUGGUGAUGUACUAGCUCGUUCCGACGCUGUUGGACCUCAAGAACAGUUAGAAGUAGUGAUUGAAAAUGGUAAAGUUGCGUUGCAAGGACACAAUGGAUAUUUUCUCACGUUUACUGAUGAUGGUGAGGUUAAGUCUUUAAGUAGAGUCGCCAAAGAAAAAGAAAUUAUUUUUCUUCGAACCAAUGCAUCCAGAAAUAAGAAAAAGAAAUUAGCUGAGGAUGAAAUCGGUGAUGUUAGAAAAUGUGAAGUCAGCUAUGUGAAACAGUUUCAAAGUUUUGGAGAUCACAAAGUAAAGUUACACCAAGGUCCAAAAUCUAGUCUUGAAAAAGCUCGAAAUGUUGGAAAGUUGCAUGAAGCAAUGCUUGAUCGCAGAGAAAAAAUGAAAUCCGAUCGUUAUUGCAAAUAAUUUUUGACAUUUGUUUCAGUACUUUACACAAUUAUUAAACUUCUGUAUUUAUUAUUCAGGGACCAGGGGCCUGAUUUUCUAGUUAUAAUGGAAAUUUAUAGUAUAUAAAAUAUUAAUGUUAAAGCCGAAUUGAAA